CCUGCCCUGCCCGGACCAGCAGGGCAGAAGUGACGAUGCCUCCUUUCGUGGCUGGAAAGGAAACUCGGCUCCGCCUGGUGGAGCGGGUGGGAGCGCCUGGGUCACCGAGAGCUCGGGGAUUUGCACGGCGGAAAUUUCAGGAGCUGCUUUGGUAAGGGGAGGAGCACGGGCUCCCUUCCCGGCGCUGGGGCUGACUCCGCUGGGGCUGGUUCUGGUCUGAUCUUUGAAUAGUCAAGAAGGUGACUCUGUACUUCAUAAAAGAUGGAAGCCGAGUCAGGGACAGCCUGUAUCGUCCAGCCUCAUUGUCCUCCAGAUGAGUUUCCUUGCCAGAUGAGACUAUCUGAGAAGAUAGCACCAGUGAAGACUUGUUUCAAGAAAAAGCAAGUUCAGAAGAGACUCAGCACAGGAACCUUAAGAACCUUGAGGCCAAUAUUAAACACCUUAUUAGAAUCGGGCUCACUUGAUGGCGUUUUCAUGCCUAUAAACCCAAGUGGAAAUGGUGGUAGCAGUCUGUGCCAGCCAACUGUAAAAAAAACAUUGGGAAUGAAUUCACCAUGCCCACCAGUGGGCAGUGAUAUGAGCAUUCUUCUAUCUGGAGGGGCGGAUGUCGGGAGACCGAUACCAGAAGCAGAUCCUUCCUCAGAGGAUACGGAGCAGGUGGUCCCAUCCCAAGACCAUGGCUUCCCAUCAGAAACUACCAAUGGAACUGUGCCCGAUCCUGCUGUGGGACCCUUCCAGGAUCCCCUCUUGCACGCAGCCACCAGCGAUGUCCCCGUUAGUCCUGACUGUACAGAGAAGGCAAUGGAUUGUAUUCCUGGUUUGUUUCAACAGGACAAUUAUGCCCUCCAGUACAACUUAAACACCACCAACAAGUUGAAUACCGGACUCUUCCAGGGUAAGAGUGAGGAAGCUUCCCUCGAUCUGAUAUUUGAACUGCUGAACCAGUUACAAUAUCACACGCAUCAGGAGAAUGGGAUUGAGAUUUGCAUGGAUUUCUUGCAGGGCAGUUGUGUUUAUGGCAGUGACUGCUUAAAACAUCACACAGUCUUGCCCUACCACUGGCAAGUCAAGAGGACGGCCAGUCAAACAUGGCAGAGUGUAACCAACGAUUCUCAGGAGCACUUGGAAAGACUCUUCUGCAACCCAGACAAUGACAGAGUUAGACUCAAGUACAGGGGACAUGAGUUUUGGGCGGAUUUGAAUGCAAUGAGUGUGUAUGAGACAACUGAAUUUGACCAAAUUCGAAGACUAUCCACGCCUUCUUCUUUCAAUGUCAAUUCCAACUACCACACAGUCUGGAAGUAUUUCUGCAGAGAUCACUUUGGCUGGCGAGAAUACCCAGAGUCUAUUGUUCAACAGUCUGUUAUUCGACUGAUAGAAGAGACCAGCUUCCGGGGCCUGCGGGAGGUCCGAUUCUCGAUGCUGCAUCACCAGUACGUUCUGAACAUCAAGGAUAACUACCAGCAAAACUUUUUCUCUCGAAGGAUAAUGAAAAAGAGACCCCUCUUGCGGUCCUGUCUGGUGCUGAUGCCUUAUCUCCAGACCCUUGGUGGUAUGCCCCCAUUGCCUCAUCCUGCAGCGGAAACAGCCUCAUCCCAGGUCUUCUGUCCAUCCGUAGUUACCUCGGCAAACUUUUAUCCUGAGACCUGGAUUGCUAUGGAUCCAUCUCAGGACUUUAUCCAAGUGCCUGUUUCCAAGGAGGACAAAAGCUAUCGAACCAUCUAUAAUCUCUUUCAUAAGACUGUGCCUGAGAUUAAAUAUAGAAUCUUGAAAAUCCUGAGAGUGCAGAACCAGUUUCUUUGGGAAAAGUAUAAAAGGAAAAAGGAGUACAUGUCUAAGAAAGCCAAUGACAUUAGCAGGAUAAUGAAUGAGCGGCACCUCUUCCAUGGGACAUCCCAAGACGUGGUGGAUGGUAUCUGUAAGCACAACUUUGACCCACGCGUGUGCGGCAAACACGCUACGAUGUUUGGACAAGGCAGUUAUUUUGCAAGGAAGGCCAGCUAUUCCCACAGCUUCUCUAAGAGGUCCCCCAAAGGGGUCCAUUUUAUGUUUCUGGCAAAAGUGCUAACUGGAAGAUACACAGUAGGCAACCACAAUAUGAGAAGACCACCUCCAGUGAAUCCAGACAGCAUAACCAGUGACCUGUAUGACUCCUGCGUGGAUAAUUACUUUGAGCCUCAGAUUUUUGUCAUUUUUAAUGAUGAUCAGAGCUACCCGUAUUUUGUUAUCCAGUAUGAAGAAGUCAGUAACACCGUCACUAUUUGAAAAUCUUUGAUUCUGCUAAAUUAUUUGAAAUAAGUCCUGUCCAGCAUUUGUAGCCAGUUUUGGGGGUGGGAGGGGAAGCAAUCGGGGAAGGGAGUGCUAAACAGAAGGCAUUGCCCAGAGCUUUGUUGUUUACUGUUUUUCCUUUUUGCCUAUUUCCUUGUUGUCUUUUUUCCUUCUUUCUUUUUCUUCUCUUUCCCU